AGACGGCGCACGAGGUGGCCAUCUACAUCGACCGCUUCCACAACCUCGACCUCUUCCACCAAGGAUGGUACCGGAUGAAGAUUAGUGCAGCGUGGGAGCAGGAUGAGUCCAGGGCACCCGUGUCGCCGGCCAGGGUAGCGCAAUAUGAAGGUUCUUGCAUCUCCAUGACCUGCAAAAGAAAACUCCAUACUCCGUUCACGUUCUUGCAUGAUCAUAUUUUUGUUACUAUAUGAUUUGGAGCUGCAGUGUGUGGAUGGAAUCAUGGUAGUAAAUGUCCAAAUUUGUAAUGAAAACUUAUGUCCCAAUACAGGAUCAAUGUAUCUGUUAGAUAAUUGCCAGAUGUGAAUACCUGAUGAUAUCCAUUGCAUCUGUUGGGAGGAAAAAAGUACAAAACCAACUUAGUUAGGUGGACAUUGUGAUUUCGGAUUUUUCAUAACUUCAUAUGUAUUUGUGACUUUGUGUGCCUUACUUAUCAUAGGAACUAGGAAGUGUAUGUUCCACAAAUCCACAUUGUGCGUGGGAGGGAGGGCAAGAGUUGUGAUUUGUGAAGAUAUGAUCAGCAUGAUUGUUCAUCGUUCAACAAUCAUUUUACUUGCAUUUGUAACCAGUCAGCUACUGAUAUUGGUGCGAAGCGUGCAUUUGGCUUUUGGAAAAUAGAUGACGUUGACAACAGCUUCUAUACACAGCCAUUUAGAAUUAAAUAUGCUAGACAAGAUAUUUAUCUAUCAGUUAUGGUGUCUUUCUACAUACCCAACAGUGAAGACGAGGGCCCAGCAACAUCUUCGGUUAUAUUGAAGUUUGAGCUCCUAUAUGUUCCAACAUUGGGAAACAGGAUUGAAACUGAAGAUUCAGAUGAUACAUAUGUGGCACCUGUUCAUGAAUUUAGGAUCCCAUAUAGAGCACUCCUGGGUUUACACACAUAUUGUCCUGUCCAUUUUGACGCUUUCCACCCUGUGCUUGUUGAUCUGACCAUACAUAUAGUGUACCUGAAAGCUGGUGUGACUAAAUCGUCACUGAAGGCACUCGAGCAAGGUUCAUGCUCAAAGGUAUAUGAUAUUAUAAAGGCAUUAUUAACUUCCAGAGAACUGUUGCUUGGGGAAGUGAAGAAGAUCAGUAAUGCUCUUGGUAAGACUCUUGAAGAUUUGGAGGGCACUGAUUUAUCACUUGGUAAAUAUGAGUCAAUUCACCCAACAAAUUUAAGCUUGUCUAGUUAUACUAACGGGCUCCAUGCAACCCCGAAGUGCAUUGGCCAUCUGACUGGUAUCUUACAAGACCUUUUAGAGACAUCUGAUGAUGCGGCUCAGAGGUUGUACACCCUUUCCAAAGAAGAAUUGUUGGAAUUACUUGAAACUGUGAGUAACCAACUUUCACUUGUAUGGAAUGGAUUCUUGAAAUUUCAUAGGACAAAUAAAAUCAAGAUAUUGGAUUACUUGCAUGAUAUCUGGGACAUUGAUCGGAAAUCAGAAUGGUCAAUAUGGAUUGUUCAUUCUAAAAUUGAGAUUCCACAUCGCUACAUGCAGAGUGUGGCUGACAGUACGUCUCCUCGCCAUUCACUUCGGAGGGUUUCCAGUUCAAAGAAAUUUCAUCAUGAUCCUGUACAAAAUGCUUCUUCACGGGCUGAGCUCCAUAGAAAAAGUAUAGCACAAAUGAAGAUUAAUGCACGAUCUGUUCAAGAUAUGCAUAUCUAUGCUAAUCCUUCACAUGUUCCUGUUGUUCUUAUAGAACAACAUGUUAUGGUCGUUCCACAACAUGGUUAUAGCAGGGAUUUUUUGGCAAAUGCCCCAGAUCCAAAGAAUAAUAUUGUACCACCUAAACUACAAGGAGAAACUUUAGUGGGAAAUCGUAGUGGUUGUGAAAACAGUGGACACAUAUUACGAGCUGUCAUUUUUGUGCAUGGGUUUCAGGGGCAUCAUUUGGAUCUUUGUCUUAUUAGAAACCAAUGGUUGUUGCGUGAUCCUGGAGCCGAGUGCCUAUUGUCCGAGACAAAUGAAGAUAGAACAUAUGGAGAUUUUAAGGAAAUGGGUAUAAGGCUUGCUUCUGAAGUAGUUUCAUUCCUAAAAAGUAAACUGGAAAAGUAUUCGAGACACGGAGGCUGCAAAGAGAUGAAGCUUAGCUUUGUUGGUCACUCCAUUGGGAACAUCAUCAUUAGAAGUGCCCUAUCAGAACCCAAACUGCAGCCUUAUUUGAGGAAUCUCUACACAUACAUGUCGAUAUCGGGGCCUCACUUAGGUUACUGGUACAGCUCAAACUCUUUGUUCAACUCUGGCCUCUGGCUUAUGAAGAGGCUCAAGGGACUGCAAUGCAUGCAUCAGCUCACCUUCACUGAUGAACAAGACCCCCAGAAUACAUUUUUUUACAAGCUCUGCGAGCUCAAGACACUGGAGAACUUCAAAAACAUCAUUCUGGUAUCUUCGCCGCAGGAUGGUUAUGUGCCAUAUCAUUCUGCAAGAAUUGACCUCUGCCCAGCCUCAUCUUCAGAUAGCUCGAAGAAGGGGCAAGUGUUCACCGAGAUGCUCAACAACUGCCUGGACCAGAUCCGUGCGCCAUCCUCCGAGGAGCGGGUGUUCAUGCGCUGCGACGUGAGCUUCGACCAGUCGGCCCAACGACGGGAUCUCAACACCAUUGUCGGUAGAGCAGCGCACGUAGAGUUCCUGGAGAACGACAUGUAUGCCAGGUUCAUCAUGUGGUCCUUCCCAGAAAUGUUCCGAUGAUGAAUGCAGGAGAUGAACCUUGGACCUUGGUUCUGGGGAUCUACAGUUGCCAGCAACCAGCGUCACUGGCCUGCUCUUGCUCCAGAUUGUCCCUGAUUAGAGACUUAGGUGGCAUUGAAAAGUUUCUGUAUCGGUGCCAUGGUUUGAGUCCAAUCAUGAAUGUAAAGACCAAGAAAACGGAGAGAAGCACCCAUUUCAGAUGGAUGUGUGCAUCGAUUCAGACGCAAGAGCACCACCUCAAAUUUUUUUAAAAAUAAGUUCUCAUACCCAUA